ACGAAAGCGAUAUUUAGAAUGUUCCAAUUGAGGGGAUUGCUGUUCCAGUGCUGCCUGGCACUGGGCAUGUUGGUGCUAUGCCAUCAGUCUUGGGCGGACCAACGGGUUGAAAAAGAGCCAACGACCACUUGUAAGCCAACUACCACUACUACUUGCAAGCCAGGUGCUACUACUGCUGACCCAGGAAAGGGUGGCGGUAAGGAUUUAUGUGAAGAUUUCCAAAAUCUUCGAGCAACCAUCGAUAGGGCUACGUUGGUUACCAUCAUCCAAACGCACUAUGAGUGCGAUUCGAAAUUCCGUCGGGCCAUGAGCUAUUAUAAUACAACACGUUUCCACGAGGUGGCCCAGAUGUUGCAGCAGAGUACGGCCUACAGAUCACUGUUACAGGAGCUGCAAGAUGACGGCGUGGACACUUCGGAUCUCGAGAACAUUGUUGAUAUAAUUGCCUGCAUUAUUUUGCCCGUGGCCAAGGCUGACAAUGAUUGCGAUUGUAGGGCGGUGAGGGGACACAGCUUCAUGUCGGACAUACUGCUUGCCAUGCCCAAGCAGAAGGUUCAUGACUAUCUGUCUCUGGCCAGAUCCGAAAAGUCCAACUUUGCCCUCUUAGCCAAUACCCUUACAUCGCCAGAAUUCCAAGAGCGUCUUCGGGCCAACAUGGUCAAGCGGGAUAUGGUCCGACCUCUGCGAAUCCUGCGUCGCAAUGGCUGGGAUAUACCAGAACUUUUACGUGGCGUCCUCACCAUACUCUCCUGGUGAACCAGUUCAACACUUCGCCAGUAUCCAAACAUAUCCAACCCACUAUGUAAACCAAAAAAAAAUAUAUAUAUCAAGCGAAAUGCUUGGCCACCGUGUA